UCCUCGAAUGUUUUGUCGUACUUUUGCAGUUUUACCCUGCUGCUGUUUCAUUACUCUUGGCUUUCGGAAUACCGUGGAAACGUGCAAUUUUACUUGAAUUUAGCACAAUCCGAUCAAAAUAACAUUUGAUUAGAAUCUUACAGUUUUUACUCGUUACUCACAAAACAUUUCCUCGCUCGUUUUCACUAGUGUACCUUGUUUAGUUCAUUGAAUUUUGUCAUCUAUCCACACAAAUUUUAAUUUUUAAGGGUUUUUCAAAGUUACAUCGGUGUGAAGUGUUUAAAGUGCCUAUACAAAUUAUACUAAAAGCAAACGUAGAUCACGAGGAUGACUGAUUUUUUUUAAGUAAACAGAAUACACGUCUACUCAUCAAGUCAUAAACACAUAUAAGUUGUGGCGUCGAGACUCAAGCCUUCAGCCACAUCAUGGAGGAGAGGGUCGAGGUCGUUAUUUCCGGAGCUGCUGGGGCGUUUCCCCAGUGCAAGAGUAUUCCUGACCUCGAAGAUGCUUUGUUCAAAAAAGCACAUCUUGUCACAAGUGAUAACAGCAAACAGAAAAAAAACCAUGGAGCUGCCCGGCAUUGCGGUAAAGCCUUUUCUCCUGAGAAGUUCGAUUCAAUAUUCUUUAAAGUCCCUUUUAGUUCACCUCCCACCAUGGACCCGAUUGCAAAGCAGGCAUUGGAAACGAGCAUUGAGGCUAUUAUUGAUGCAGGAGUAAAUCCAAAGUCACUAGCAGGCUCAAAAACUGCAGUUUUCAGUGUGUACGACUUCACUGAAUUCGAAAUGAGCACACCUUACGCCCAGACUCAGAGAGCACUGCUUGGCGUUGCUCGAUGUUUCACCGCCAAUAGACUCUCGUUCACGUUGGACUUAAAAGGUCCCAGUUUUUCCGGGCAAGGAGGUUACGGACAAACAUUCCACUUCAUGGAUGAGGCGAGAGCCCAAUUGGAGGAGGGGCGGAUUGAUGCGGCGUUGGUUGUGACGGCCAACUUCAUUCUAUCUCCUCGCUCAGCGAUCGUUGCACAAGGGAUGGGUUUGGCUUCCAAGGACGGGAAGUGCAACGCUUUUGAUCAAAGUGCGCACGGUUAUGCUCUCAGUGAGAGCUGCGUGGCAUUUUUCAUGCAACGCGCGCCGGAUGCACGCCGAAAUUGGGCGACGAUCAUUGGAGCGGAGCACAGGUUCUUCGGCACCAAAGAGGGCAACCUGCUGGCCUUCGACGGGGAACCGGCAAAAGAAAUGCUCCGUCAACUUUAUUCCAAAUGGAACAUUGACCCCUCUGACGUUGGCUACAUCGAAGCGGAUGGCUGUGGACUUAAAGAUAUAGACGCCAAAGAGGCCGAUAUCAUUUCGGAUGUUUUUUGCCGCAAGCGGAGGAAUCCUCUACUCAUAGGGUCGUUGAAAUCAAAUAUGGGUCACGCAGAAUCAGCCGCGUGUGCCGCGGGGGCAGUCAAAGCUAUUAUAGCACUGACGAGCUCUUCUAUCCCACCAAACAUCAACAUAACCUCACCAAUUCCAGAAUUGGAGCCCAAAAGAAUCAAGGUUGUUACUGAAGCAACUGAGUUGAAUGGCGAAUUGAUAGGUGUGAAUUCAAUUGGUCUCACUGGACAUUUUGGACAUCUCCUGUUAAAAGCGAAUUCUAAGAAAUCCUCGACAAUGCAGAUCAACGAAUCGCUGCCUCAAAUCAUGUUGCUUAGUUCUCGAACUGAGUCGGGGAUAGAAGACGUCAUGAAAAGAGUCAAAAGUAUCAAAGUAACGCCAGAAUUUGCCAGUCUAGUGAAUGGUGUCUUCGGACAGGAAGUGCAGAGCCACAUUUACAGAGGUUAUGCAAUUGUUCCAACCGAUAGCACCAACAUCACAAUCAAAUCUCAGAGGAUAGAUGAUAGCAAGCGUCCAAUCUGGUGGGUGUUCUCGGGUAUGGGUUCCCAAUGGAGCGCAAUGGGUGCUCACCUGAUGCACAUCCCAAUUUUCCGUGACGUCAUCGAUAGGUGCGACAAAGUUCUUGCACCCCGUGGCGUGGACAUCAAACAUAUUUUAACGUCCUCAAAUAAGGAUAUAUUCGAUAAUAUUCUACAUGCAUUUGUUGGCAUCACGGCAACUCAGCUAGGAUUGGUUGAAAUAUUAAGAGCCUUGAAUAUGGAGCCUGAGGGAAUAGUAGGCCAUUCUGUAGGCGAACUAGGAUGCGCUUAUGCAGACAAUUGUCUCACUCUCGAACAAACCAUUUUAUCCUCGUAUGCUCGUGGUAAAGCCUCACUGGAAUCAACUCUUAUCAAAGGAAUGAUGGCUGCUAUUGGGCUGGGUUACAGUAAAAUUGUAAGUCAGCUGCCAGAAACCAUUGACGUUGCCUGUCGAAAUUCGGACGAGAGUUGUACAAUAUCCGGGCCUGCAGCAGACGUUGAAAAGUUCGUCGCCGAUCUAACGUCAAAGGGCGUUUUUGCGAGGACUGUAAAUGCUGCAAACAUUGCGUAUCACUCCCGAUACAUCCGACCUGCUGCACCAAAUUUACUUAAAUACCUGAAAGAGGUCAUUCCAGAAAAAACAGCAAGGUCAGCAAAAUGGAUCAGUAGUUCAGUUCCAGAGGAGAACUGGAGUUCAGAUCUAGCCAUCUACAGUUCUGCCGAAUACCAUACAAACAACCUGUUGAGUCCUGUUCUCUUUGAGGAGUCCAUCAAGUUCAUACCAUCGGACGCUGUGUUAAUCGAAAUCGCACCACACGGCUUGCUCCAGGCCAUUCUCAAACGAGCUAUGCCAAAUAAAUGUACCAAUAUUCCACUCACUCAAAGAUCUAGUCCAGACGGCGUCAAAUUCCUCCUAGAAGCUAUUGGACAGAUGUAUCUGCUUGGAUACGAGCCAAAUGUAUCUGCUCUGUAUCCACCGGUGCAAUACCCCGUACCACGUGACACACACAGCCUUCAACCGUUCACAACGUGGGAUCAUACGGAGACGUACCGCCUUCCAUACUACGUGCGAGACACAUAUGAUCCGAGUUCCUUAGCAGUAUCAGAGAAGUCUUUCACUUUAAAGAAAAUUAAGAGUAUAUUGAAGUCAUACAAGCAGAAAGAAUCGCCUAUUUCCCUAAUUCCCUUCUUCUUGAUUGAAGUGUGGAAAACUUUUGGAGAUGUAAUGGAGAUGGAAUUUAAACAGCUUCCAGUCAUGUUUGAAAAUAUUCAGAUAUAUUCUGAGCUGAAUUUAUCGGCGGAAGGCCUUGAUCAAGUAAGGAUUCAAUUAAUGCGUGGAAGUGGUGAAUUCAUCGUACUACAAGCACCCAGAGACGACACUGAAAGCGAGUUUGUCAUUGAAGAACAAAAACCUAUUGAAGAGAAUCAAGAAAUUGUGCUCAUGGAAGGGAGAAUCAAGAUUUGGGAGCUACCAAAGAGUGAAAUAAACGUUACAGAAUCACCAAGCGACAAGAUUAGAAGUGCCGUGAACGGUGGAACGAUGGACAAAUCCCUCUCUGAUAACCUAGAUAUGAUUGGUGAGAUUUCAAAGAGGGGAAUAAUCGAUUGGCAAGCGUGCUCUAAAGGAGCUACGGGGAAAAUCGAAGUCAAUUCCGACUUGGUAAUUUACCUAGACACAAUCAUGAAAUUGAACACAGUUUGGAACGCGCACGUCAGUGGCAAAGCGGCAAAACCAGUCUCAAUCCAGUCCAUGUACCUGAAUUAUGAACAAGUGGCAAACUUGAAGGAAGACUCAACAGUUGAUUUAAUUUUGGACACAAGCGUGGGCCGCCUUCAAAGCGCAGGAAUCACGAUAAACGGUUUUAAAACUGAAUCAAUACCUGAAAAAUCCGAAAAAUUGGAAAAAGUAUUCGCAGAACGUCUUAACUUCGUACCGUAUGGUAAAACCGCGUUCAAGAAUUUACGAGACUUUGCACGUGCUAGUCUUCAAAUUAUGGCUGAAAAUGCAUGUCACAGUCCCGAUGGUUUGAAAAAAUCCAUCGAAAUGAAAGUUUUUGAGGAAAAUGGAAAUACAACCUCGAGGUCACUCGCUGACGUAUUCACCAAUUUCUUGCGAACUAGUGAUGAUUUGAAUGUGGAAUUUGUGCCCUCUCUUUUGUGCGCCAAAAACGGUUCUUCCUUGGGCGCCAGUCUUUUGUGCAUUUCAGAUCUAAAAACUAUGUCACGGAUACCAAUGGAGGAAAGCCGUGAUAACGUUCACGUGAUUAUAGCGGUCCCAGUCAAGAUUCAGACGAAAGAUAUUUUAGAUUCUGCUUCGAAAAGUGAACAAAACUAUGCCGUGAUAUACGAGCAAGCAUUUGGUCCUCUCCGAUACGCACUUUUGAAAAAGAAAACCUUCGGUCAGAAACUGAAAGUCUGUCACGUGUCAAACAGAGUGAUACACUCUUCGUAUGCUUUGGAACUUGAAAGGAACACUGAAGAUGAAAGUUUGGUUUUGGUCUUCACAAAGCCUCAGCCCAGAAAUCCUGCUAUCUUAGUGCGAAACAUUUUAAAGAAGGCCGGAAAGAGGAAAUUGAAAUUUUUCUUCUUACUCGACGACGACGCACCACCAUUCUCUCUCACUGAGAAGGUCUAUCAGGAACAGUUGGAUAGAGAUGUGGUUGUAAACGUAAUGAAAAACGGGAGAUGGGGCAGUUUUCUUGGAACCCCGCUUCAAACGCCAGCCCACAAAGACGUGGCACAAAUCUUGUCCAAUGUCAAUCACGUGUCAAAGGAAGUUGACAUUCGAUAUGUCGGCUUAAACCCUGGCAGUUGUAGAACGAAGGAGACGCCAGCCGUUUUGGAUUACUCUGGGGUCACUUCAACAGGUUGCCAUGUGAUUGGCAUUGCCCAAAAAUAUGAAGGUUUCAAAAGCAAAAUGUCCCUGGAUCCUGUUUUCCAGUGGGCCGUUCCAGACACUCUUCCAUUAGACGAGGCAGCUACUCUUCCAUCUGCGUAUUUGAUGGCGCAUGCAAUCAUGGAUCAGAUCCUCAUAGUUCCAACUAAAAAGGCGGCUCUUAUAAUGAAUGGUCAAACACCCGUUGGCAUGGCUUGCAUAUCCCUUUGUUUGGAAAUGAAUUACAACAUUUACACCACCAUUCCCAACGAGGCAGCUUUGCAAACUGUAUCCAGGACAUUCCCUCAGAUCCCACUAUCAAACAUCACAAACCAUAACAGCGAGGACUUCUAUGUUCCGCUGAUGUUUGGAACGGGCGGAACAGGAGCCGAUAUCAUCGUGAGCGACUUGCCGCGCAGACAGAUGCUCUCGGCCUGGAAAUGCAUCGGUAAAUACGGUUGCUUCAUUAACCUAAAUGAGGAGACGAUGCACCACAAUGCACCCCUACCCAUGGGCAGGUUCAAUGACAGCAACGGCUACUACAGUUUCGAGCUAUCUCGAAUCCUACGAUUGCCUGAGGAGCGAAAAUUUCAUCUCCACACUAAAGUUAAUGAAAGUAUCUCAUCAAGGCGCGUGGUUAGGAUGCCCCAUCAAUCGAUGGACCUCAGUGACCUAAGCCAGUUACAAAGGUACGUUGACAAAGUAACGGAACAGGGCGGAAAACUGCUGUUAGACGUCAGUAGGAAUCACACAGCCAAUACAAUCCGAGCAUCAAUUUUAAAUGACAAAUGUGCGGAGCAGAGUGAAUGGAUCGCUGAUACGAAGUCCCAAACCUCCGUCGUCAUUUUAGGCUCAAGCGCCGGAAAAGUGGUCAAUUUGGUUCAAUGGUUAUUGGAUCGCGAGGUGAAAAAUAUAGUUCUAUCCGUCCUGGACGCGAAUGAUAAAAAAGAAGCAGUUCGAAAAAUCCACGAAUCCUCGUCCAAACAUGAGGCAACCUUACUCAUGACGUCAGCUAAAGUUGCCCACACCAUCGCCGGAUUAGAGAAUAUUUUAAACCAGGCCAGAAGAUUAGGGAAAAUCACAGCAGUGUUCACCGUUUCACUGGAUGAAAAUGACAAAAUUCUAUCCAGUAUUCAGAAUAUAAGGAAGAAUUUGUCCGAGGAUUACACUCUGAUCAAUAUAAAUGGAGACACUGAUAAUUAUGCGGUUGAAAAUGCAGUGACAAUUAUUUGUGACGACGAAGUGGAUUACUCCCCCGUUCUCAGCCAGGUGUUGACCGAUCCUGAUCAAAAGGCAACUUAUGUCGUUUCUAAUAAAAACACAUGCGGAGAAAACGAAACUGCCGUAAAUGUGAAAGAACCGCUGAGCGACUAUCUACCUUCCUCUCUGCGAGAACUGGAGGACAUGGGACAUCUCUUAAGUCAGAAAGAUUUUGAAUUGGGAUCUCAGACUUCCGCCACAUUUAUAAGAACUGCAUCUUUAGCGGCUGAUAUGUCGGAUCUGAAGCACAGUGAGGCUCUCCCUGUCUUCUUCAUUCCAGCUUUCUGUGAGACUCAGCUGAGGCCUUUGAUCUCCAAGCUCAUUUACCCUUGCUAUGUUGCUCACAUGCGUCCUGAUGUAAUGUCCGCUUGGAACAUUGCAGACCAACUUUUUGAGUCUAUUAAGAAAAUUCAAAGAAGAGGCCCCUACACGAUUGUCAGCGAGACCUGGAGCGGAGGUUUGGCAACGCUUCUAGCAAAUCUCUUAAGCAAGUCUAGCCAAGCAGUUUCCCUAUUUAUUCUACAGGGAGUUCCAACGAAGAUGUGCUCUCUGUUACCUCUUGAAGAAUCCUUGGAAGUUUGCCUGAUUAAGGCUCUUUACGAACUUAUUCAAAAGGAACGGCUGGGCCAGUCGAUAGACACUAACGGCACGCAGCGAAUUGAAACAGCCAUGCACCUUCUACCAAAUGAGUUCAACAAAACAUUUGUCAUGAGAUCGCUCCAGGCCAUUUUGAGGAGUUUGCAGUUCGCUCGGAGCCUCUCAACUUGCAGUAUUUGUCCGGAGAGUAGUUUAGUUCUAAUUGAAGUCAGUAAAUUCUGCAGACUAACCACUGACGAUGUAGAGGAGAUUUCAAAAAAUACUCAAUUGGUCAAAAUCGAUUGUGAGAACUACAAGGAAAUGCUUUCACACGUGCGGCUUUCGUCAUUGAUUGCAGAGGAGGCACCGUUUUCUUGGGGACGCAAAUUGCUUACUCAAUCAUAACCGUAACAUCAGCUAAAUGGAUUCAAUUAUGCAAAAUAUAACUUCAUAAAAAUGAUUGAAGUGAAAUUCUAUGUGUAUAAACCCUUUUGAUUUAAUUGACAGAUACACAGUUCCCUUCAAAUUAUUCGAAUCAUUCAAAUGAACCAGUUGCGUUUUAUGAAAACUUCCUUUUAAUGGAUCAUAACUCUUCGUUCGAAAAUAUAAAAUAGGCUCAAGAUUGGCACCAUGUCUUACACCUAGUGAUGAAUGAAUAUGUAUAUUUUGUAUUAAGAGAUAAUUUUGUAAAUGCAUAGCCGUUUAAGAUGUAACUGAGAUUAAAUUUUGAACAUGUUUUCUACAUUGAUUACAAUUCAAAGAAAAAUAAAUAAUUAAUUGUUGUUUUUUC